CGGUUGUUACCACUGCCCGUUGCCUACUUAUUUUAAUGAAGUAAAGUAAUAUCUCCACAUUGUAUUGAACGAAAUUUAAUGUAAUAUUAUAACGUGAACGAAAUUCUUCUCGUAAAACAUAAAAAAUUGUAUUACAUAUUGUAAACUUUCGUCGAAAAAUGAGUUAAUGGUUAAUGGGCAAACCAGUUACCAAUAGACGAGCAGCUUAGAAGAAGCACAGGAUAUACACUCGUUCUUGGUAAAAAUGAUGUCACUUGAGUCGUUUCAGGGUUUCAUUGAAUCAAUAGUUACAAUAUCUAAUAAUAUAAGUGAUGGUUGGAAGUUGAUAUCAAAGCCAGAGGAGACAGAAAAUCAUAAAUAUAUACUGAAAAAACAAAUAGUCCAAUUAAAAAAUCCUGAGGAUGAAAAUGAAGAAAUUAUAGCGCAUUUUGAAUAUCAUGUAGCAUUCGGUAUUAGUUAUGGAGUUCCAGUUUUAUGUUUCAACAUUUGGAAAUCAAAUGGUACAAUGAUCACAUUAGAAGAAUAUUGGAAAUGCAAUACACGUUUUAAAGAAUAUAGUAUGUACGAGACCCUCACCCAAAUGGAUCAUCCCGUUUUACACCAGCCAGUCUAUACACUACACCCAUGCCGGACUCAAGAAAUUUUGGAACCUUUCAUGGAAAAAAGUAAAAAUCCGAUCAUCUCCUGGCUUAGCGUUGUAGGUCCAUAUGUGCAGCUGGAAUUACUUGAGGAUUAUCUGAAAAGUUGUUGAUUUUAAGAAAAAUAAUGAAAAAGUUUACGUUUUUAUAUUAAUUAAAAAUUACCAUGUAAUUUUUAUAAAUGUAUUACAAGUGAAUUAUGACUGA